GAGCAGUGUGAGAAGUGUGAGCAGGGUGUUUUUCACCCUUUACCAAACACAGAGACCACUGGUAAGUUCCAGAAAAUCACCAGCAGAGAAAUUUAUAUCCUCAAAUCAUCUCACAGAGUGACAAGACUGAGAAGUGCUUCUAUUAACCUGAAAACACAUUAAAAGUUAUACAGGAUGCUCUGGAUCCCCUGGUUCGCUGUGCUCCUUCUUCUCCUCACCUCAGAGUCCUGCAGAUGCUCCCCAGGACCUUCUGCAGGACUGUGGGUGUCCUGCGCCUCUCAAGGCCUCAAGCAAAUUCCCAAACUUCCCACAGAAACCACUGAACUGCACCUACAGCACAACCAGCUCAGCACCGUACCGGCAGGGCAUUUCGACGCGCUCAGAGACCUGCAGCUGGCAAACCUGUCGGAGAACCCCUUCCACUGCGGCUGCAACAUCCGCUACCUGCGCUCCUGGCUCCUCAGGAACAAAGCUCUGGUCCCUGUGGCCCCGGAGUGUGCCAGUCCCCCAGCCCUGGCCCUCAGAUCCAUAACGGAGCUCAGUGAGGAGGAGUUCUCGGGCUGUGCGCCGACCCUGUGCUCCGGGCUGCUGUAUAACUGCAGCGUGGGCCUGGCGCUCUGCGGCCUCAUCGGCCUGCUCUUCUGGUGCUUCCGCCUGGCCAAAGACCUCACCUUCAUCCUGGGCAUCGGAGAGAGGCACGUGGGGCUGGAGGCCGAGUCCCUGCGCUCGCUCAAACCCAAGCACAGGAUGAGGAUCGGGGCCGGUUCCUCCCUGCAGAGAACUGACGAGCUGGAGAGGCCUCUGCUCAACAUGGAGAUCCUACCACAGAUCAUCGAUGCCUUGCACAAGCAGCACAAUAUAAAGAUCAAAGAAACAUGAACAAUAAAGAAAAAAAGUAGAAAAAAGUAACAGGCACAAGUAAGGGUUAUAUUUUAGUGAUGAAAAACAUAGAAAUGCUGUUUUUUUUUGUCUAUAUCUUUGGGACACGGCUGGGAAAAGACGCCCUUAUAAGGAGAUCUCUCAGACCACCUCCUGAAGAGGUUUGAGUGAUUAGAUUCGGAUCUGUUUUAAACACGUCACAGACCACCUUGCAUAAAUUGUGCCAUUUUUAGAAGACAAUGAAUGCACCUAAAGUAUGAAUUGUCAAUGAAGUUGAAUGAAUAUAACAUGCAUUAAUAAAGGCACAUGCUCUUCUACA